AUGUCGCCGGCGUCGACGCGGACCGUUCCAGGAUCAGUCUCCUUUUAGGUUGAAGGAAAAAAGAAAAAAAAAAGCCCCAGACGACGAGUCGGUGAGUGGGACAGCCGACACCGAGCUGCACCCGACGGUGAAGCGCUUCGCCCGGGAACCGUCCCGCGCGGAACCGCGGCCGAAUGUUGAAACUUCUGCUGUGGGAUUUAAGCGGUUUUCAGAGCUCUACAAAGAAAGUGAAAUACAGUUUCAUUGUCUAUAAAUAGAGGUUGAGCUCAUCUUCCCCUGUUGUCAGGUCAGCUUUAACCAUAACGGUUUAAAAAAGACAAGGGUGUACUGUAACCCUCACAUGGGCCUCUGAGGCAACCUGGUCUGAUCAUUACAGCCUCUCGCAGCAAGAAAAGGUACAAACAUUUCGGCCUGGACAUGGACCAGUCUACGAGGGUGGUGGGUCUGGAUGCCCAGGGGAACAUGCUUUUCACCGUGGUGAAGCCGGUCAUGGGCAUCUUCCAGGUUUCCUCGGAUCAAGCUGGCAGCGUGGUGCACGGCGGCAUGGAGCUACAGGGUUUAUCCGAAAACACGUUGGUCCUCCCUCAAGUGCAGCAGGGCCAGGCGCCGCUCGAUCACAACCAGAUGGACAUGCACGCUAUGCAGCCGCACGUUCUGCCCCAGAUGCAGCUGUCCGCCCCGGUCCAGACGGAGGAAGUGCCCCAGAAUCCGGGGCUGCCGCCGUCGAACUCCAGCGCAAAUUCCGUGUCCGGUACCCAGAUGCCCUUUGCAGAGGUGUCGUCCCUCCUGGAUCCGAACAUGAAGGGAUCCAAGGCUCGGAAGUAUCUCAUCUCGUACGAUGAGAUCAAGCGGCGCCUGCAGGCCCCGGAGAAGAUGUCCCUGCGCUCCUUGGCGGCGUACACUCGAGUCAGCCGAGGCCCGGCCAGCAAGAAGACUCUUCUGGAGUCUCUGAACGUCCUCGGCCUCACGCCGAGCACGACUACCUCCGUGUCGUCCUCGUUCUCCAAACUCACCGAAGGUGACACCAGCGCUCUAUGUGAAGAUAUGAAAGAUUUCGCCCAGGACUACAUUGACUACGGCAACAUGGCUAAACAGCUCAUUCCAGAGAUGAAUACAGUUCAACAUUGGUCCAAAAUGAUUGAAACUAAGAAUCACCUCGAGGAUAUGAGGAAGUGUUUCAAGGACCCGGUCAACAGCGGCGCGUUCGACAACGUCACCCACGGCCUCGGUCUGGGAAUGUUGGACGUGGCGCUGGACAUGGUCGUCAUGGUGAUCGAGCAGCAGAUUCGCAUCUUGUCCGGCGUGGCGGCGUCAGACCCGGCCGACUCUGGUCCGCCGAUGCGGCGGAUCCGCAGGCGCCACCGCAAGGCCCACGCGAACGACACGGAGAAGCCCCACAAGGCGUCCGGGGGCGUCAAAGACCAAGGGAAGGGCAUUUCCAAAGGCAAGGGGCGGGGCAAAGCCAGGAAGAAAAUAAGACAGGAGACCGGAGCCGUCGUCCCCGCGGAGAGCCAGGCAGAGCAGUGCAACCCCGACGAUGCGGAGGGCGACAUGCUCACCCUGGUCUCUGUGGGAUACGAGGCCGUUUCCGGCGUUCACGACGCAGCCGGGGCAGUUUGACGACUGGUCUCACAGCAUGGUCUCAAGUUCCAAGUCGUCAUCGUCCCGUUGGAAGGGACACUGAACGUCUGGGGCGGUCGGCAACAUGUUGAGCUGGGUCGAGCUACCGUGAAGGCGAGUGCGGUAAAAUGUCACAUCUCGGUGUCCCAACUUAUGUAGUAAGAGGUUAGCUUAGCUUAGCAUAAAGACUGGAAACGGGGGGGGCGGGGGGGAGGUAGCCUAGCUCUGUCCAAGUGGAACGAAAUUCGGGGGCCUUACAGCAUUUUUUUCAUCUGUUCACAGAAACCAAGGCUCAACAAAGACCAGUAGUGUUUGUUUCCUUUUGCACAGGACGAGGCUACUUGCUUCCUGUCUUUAUGCUAAGCUAAGCUAACCAGCUGUCGUGACGUGCUCACUCUACAGAUAUGAGUCGGUUUUUCCAUCUUCUCAUCUAGCAGUUGGUAAGAAAGCAACUAAGCACAUUGAUGCAAGAUGCUAAACUGUUUGUGGUUCUUCCCAGUAAUGUUUUUAGUGGCAGGUUUUAAAUUAUGUAUGAACUCAAUCAGAUCAUUUCAUAUUUUUAUCAUCCAAGGUUUCUUAGCGAACAGACACAAAUCAAUGAAUGUAACAUGUAAACACACUGUCCAUGCACCAGUACAUCCCACAUUUUAGAACAAACAAUAUGUUUUUUUUUAUUUUGUUUGUCUCCUGUUUUAUUUAUUGUCUAGACUUCCAGUGCUGUUGUUCUGUACGAGAGUGAUGUGAUGAAUAACUUGUCUGUUUUUACUGGAAUGUUAAGAGCUGAGGAAAAGAUAAAGAUAUAGUUUUCAUAA